GUUCAUAGCCAAGAACAUAACGAGGCUGCAGCAUCUGGGGAUAACCCAUGUUCUGAAUGCAGCAGAGGGGAAAUCAUUCAUGCAUGUGAACACUAAUGCAGAGUUCUAUGAAGGCUCAGGCAUCAGAUACCAUGGCAUAAAAGCUAAUGAUACACAGGAAUUUAACCUCAGUCGCUACUUUGAGGAGGCAGCUGAUUUUAUUGACAAAGCCCUUUCCCAGAAGGAUGUAUGUGGUUUGCGUUGACAUUGAAUGUGAUUUGUUUAAGCUUUGUCUUUAGUUGUCUCACCAGUUCAGGAGCACAUAAUCACAGAUUGAUUCUAUGCAGCUGCUUUUGUUGAAGAGCUCUGGGUGUCAGGGGCACAGACCCAAAUCUGACUCCACCAUGGGUUCGGGAUGAACACAGUUUUAUACCCUUAUUAUAUAACUCCAUAUUAAUUCUUAAACUUACAUUGUUCUAUUGUAUACGUUGAUUUCAUCCAAGCAUGGAUUCUUGUAAUUUGAUGAGCCCUUGGGGGACACUGGACUGGGACUGUCCCAGUGCCACUCCCAGUGUCCCCAGUGUCCCCAUUUCCCUGUUCCCAGUGCAAACUGGAGCUGGUGGUUGGGUCCCUGGCGUCCUGCUUGGAGCUGGUGCUGAGGACAAGCCCUUGGGGACACAGGGCUGGGACUGUCCCAGUGUCCCCAGUGCCACUCCCAAUCCAAAAAUCCAAUACACUGAUUUCAUCCAAGCAUGGAUUUUUGUAAUUUCUUGUUACAAAUAAACAAUAAUUAUAUCCAAUUACCAAACAAUGAUCACAUUUAACAAUCAUAUCAUUUAUCAUAUAGCAAUCAUAUCUUUUAUCUUGUUCAUUAAAUGAUUACACAGCUGCAGUUUCACAUGAUCCAUUAAAGCCUAACGUUUUCUGAGGGCCUCCCCUAACAUUUUUCCAGGCCCAGCCUUUCUUUCCAACUCCCCUGAAUAUCCCAUGAUUUUAGAAACAUUUUAUCCCUAUAUUUUCAACCAGAGCACCAGCUCCUAAAAGCCCCAACACAUCCCUUCAUCACUCUUAGUAGGAGCACUGUAAUUUCUAAAGCUUCUUUUUCAUGCACACAGGUGCCUAAGGUUUGAAUGUAGGAGCUUCCGGGAAUGGGAAGCAAAUGUACAAAUGCACAGAUGCAUUCACUUGGAAAAGAAAGUGCAUGCAGUGUUUUGUGUGGAUUUAUGCAGUACACAGUGUGAGAGUAAAGCCAUUCAGAACCCAUGCUUGAUGCACACUGUGUCUCCAAGAAUAGUUUUUUAUCUUUUCUGUUACAAUGGACAUGAAAUAGUCUGUUAUUAAAUGCUCUUUUAUUUCAAGAUCAUAGUAGAAAAAACGUCAAUUGCAAAUGCUGAGGGAAGAACUUGAACAAGGAAGAAAUAAUAUUAAUAUUUAGAAGUGUUUGUGGUGGAUAUAUAAUAUAAGUAUCCUAAUAUAAUGCCUUUCAAAGCUUGUAUGGAAUUACAGUGUCUUUAUCUCUUCUUUGUUAUCACUGUUCAAUAACAGAAUGGAAUGACCUCACGUGCAGAUUCCUUCCUUACCAAGCAGUUUGCACAAGAACACUCUUGACUUCUUGGAUUGCUUGCAUGGUAUCAUGAAAUAAAAAUGAGCAUUGUUAUGUACCACCCUGUAUAGGAAAUAUUUAAAUUGUAUUCAAAUAAAUGAUGACUUGAUUCUGUUUACUACA